GUCCCGGGGGAGCCGUGGCCGUGCCGCGCUGCCGGCGAUGAUUCCCCGCUGACAGGCCGAGCGGCACCGCCCGCCCCUGCCCCUGCCCCCGGGGAUGGCUCCGUUCCCGCCCGCGGUGAGGCCCGGUAGGAGCCGGGCCAUGGGGGCCGCAGCCGGGCCCGCUGCUCCCCGCUGCCCGCGGUAGCUCACGGCAGCGCCCCGGGGCACCAUGGAGCAGCCCACGCGUGUGCCCGGGCCCCGCCGCCUCCUGGGCUGCUUCAGGAGGAAGCCUCGGCCCGCCGGGGAGGAGCCGCCGCCGGAACCGGAGCCCGCGGAGCCGCGGGUGGCGCUGGCCCCGGGCGAGGCGCUGCAGGAGUGCCCGCUGUGCCUGCUGCCGCAGCCGCCCGAGGCGUUCCCCGCGCUGGGCUGCUGCUCGCACCGCUCCUGCCGCGGCUGCCUGCAGCAGUACCUGCGCCUGGCCGUCGCCGAGAGCCGCGUACCCGCGGCCUGCCCGCACUGCCCCGCCGCCAUCCCGCCCCACGACGUGCACCGCCUGCUCCCCGAGCCCGCCCUCCGCGACAAGUACGAGGAGUUCCUGCUGCGGCGGCUGCUGGUGGCGGACCCCGGCACCCGCUGGUGCCCCGCUCCUGACUGCAGCUACGCCGUCCUCGCCCAUGGCUGUGCCGAGUGUCCCCGCCUCACCUGCGGCCGCGAGGGCUGUGGCACCGAGUUCUGCUACCACUGCCGGCAGCCCUGGCACCCCGAGGGCCCCUGCGCUCCACCGACCCCCGGCCUGGCCACGCCCUCAGCACAGCCCGAGGAGCCCGCCCACGCUGAGGCCGAGGACAUCAAGGUCUGUCCUCGCUGCAGCGCCUUCAUCAUGAAGAUCAACGAUGGCAGCUGCAACCGCAUGAACUGCACAGUGUGUGGCUGCCUCUUCUGCUGGCUCUGCCUGCAGGAGAUCUCUGAUGUGCACUUCCUGAGCCCCUCUGGCUGCACCUUCUGGGGGAAGAGGCCGUGGUCCCGGACCCGCAGGAUCCUGUGGCAGCUGGGCAUGGUGCUGGGAGCGCCCAUGGUCAUCUCCCUUGCUGCAGGCGUUGCUGUCCCUGUCAUCACCAUUGGGAUCCCCAUCUACAUGGGUAGGAAGGUGCUGGGCCAGAGCCGGCGGAGCAGCCUGUCCGGGUGCCAGCAGUGCCUCUCUGUCACCAGCAGCAUCCUGCUGUCCUUCUUCGUGUCCCCCAUCAUCACAGCCCUCACUGUGGGUGUUGGCGUGCCCCUGGUGCUCACCUACGUGUACGGGACCGUGGUGCUGUCGCUGUGCCGGAGCCGCUGGGGCUGCAGGGGCGGCCGUGCCCCCGGCGAGCUCGGCGUGGUGGAGCUGGACAACCUGGCCAAGCUGAACGAGCUGUGGUCGGCGCUGCCCAACCCCAGGGUGGCCGAGGACGGAGCUCCGGACGGCGCCGCCUCCCUGUCCCUGCCCAGCAGCGGCCGCAGCCAGCGCCCGGCGCGGCCGCAGGGGGACAGCCAGUCUGCCAGCACGGUGGCCCUGGCCGGGAGCAUGCUGAGCGAGGGCCAGGACGCCUCUGACAGGGAAGGUGUCACCAUCGAGGUGGAGGUGUCGGUGGAGGCGGUGCCACGUUCUGCCCGGCAGCAGAGCCUCAGCAGUGCCCUGAGUGGGCAGAGCCUCUCUGGGGACUCCCUGGGUGCCACCAGUGACAGGGGCAGCUCCGUGGGUAUCCCUGUGGAGUGAUGGGGGCCCGAGGGGGAGUCCUGACCCACACUCGGGCCCUGUGCCCUCUGCCAGCACACCCAGCCCUGGGAGCUGCUCCUGGGCCGGUGCCAGCUGCACCCAGCACUGCUGCACCCUGCACUAGCCCUGUGCACCCCUUUCCCAGAGGCACCACUAGGAAAUAAAGCUGCUCUGCUUUCUUUUCACUAGGAAAUAAAGCUGCUCUGUCUCCCGUGGCAAAACUCCCCCCUGGCAGCCCACUGGUGUGCACAACAGGCAUCACAUCUGACCCGGGUGAGGAAGAGGCCACCCAAGCCGUGCUGGGUUAUCUGUGUGGCCUCUGCCCUGCCUGUACCAGCUGAUCUGCCCCAGAGCAGGCUGCAGGGCUAGGGGAGGGCAGCAGCCCCCCAGCUCCCCUCUCUGCUCUGGGCCCCUCAGGGAUCCGUCCUGCAGCCAGGCCAGUGUGCAGGGAGCACCAUGGGCUGUAGGGG